CCAGCCACGAAAUGUCAACUGUCCCUCUGCCUGUCGGAGGCUCUAUAGGCAAGAUAUCUUAUACACGAAAAGGUUCGACUCGGACGACUCUGCGCAGCCUACCACCAGCGCUCAUACUGAGCCCUCGUUCGUCCACCGGCUCAAUUCCAAGGGUUUCCUCGCCACCUGGAAGUUCCUCCAGUACAGGAUACGACUUGGGACCCGUGGCAGAGAGUCCUAUCUCUGAUCACGCCGUCUUUGGCUCGUCUUCUUCGAUACUCUUCGGACGCUCAUCAGGUCUUGAUGAGGCCCCGAUUCCCGUGUCAGGCCUCCCUGCGUUACCAGACGACAAUGUACCCGGCCGUGGGGGCCUUGUAUCGAUGGUAGACAGCGACAAUGUCCCGAUUGUUGGCUCCAAUGCCCCUGCGAGACGAGAUACAGACGGCGGUAACGUUAUCCGCAUUGAGAGCGCUGACGCGGCUUUGCCAAUCAUAUGCAUCGCUCCCUUCGACGUAAAUGGCAUGAAAUACUGCCGAAGCAUUUUCUAUCCUCCAGACGCAUCGGGAUCAAUAAUCUCUAAACUUGAGCCUGGCAAAAGGAAGUUUAAGCGGCCAGGCAUCCCACGCGGCUGGAAAGCCCACGAAUGCCCAGAGGGAAAACUAUACUUCCACCAUAAAUCUCGACGUCUGUUGACGAUGAUCGACAUUGAAAACGAUCAGAAUCGCCGGCAGAUUGAACGAGCUGGUGACGACCUGCUGUCUCAGUUGGCAAGUAUGGAUGCUCCGGAUGAUGCAGAGAUGACCUUGAUGAAAACGGAGGACGCCAUCGGGUAUUAUGUGGCGAGUAUGGCGGACCAGUGUGUUUUUUGGUUCAAGGAAGUCGACGUGUCUCUCGUCACGAACGGCGAUCGAGCAGUUGUGUCUGAGAUGCAUCUUGAGAAGGCCAUACGAGAGCAAUUUUGGCAACACGUAGAGAUGUUCCCGAAUCAUCGCGGCUUGCCGAGAGUUGCGAUACGUGAGCUCAAGGAUACGUUUGCAUAUGGCCUGUGUGAUUACGUCACGUCGCAAACAUCCAUGUUUGCCUAUGACCCUGACACUAUCGAGAAGCUGAGCAAAUGCAUGGCGGGCAUGAAAGAGGACGAAAUCAACCCCGCUAACACGGCAGCAGCAGCAAGGCUACUAAAUACAAUAUAUAAGGAGCGUUUCCUACACUUCCAUGGUGAAAUUGGUGCCCGGCUGGAUCGCAAGGAAAGCGCUUUCAAGGCUGAUAUCAGAGGCCCUCGAUCCUUCAUUUUCAUUUGUAUCUCGCCCUUCCUGUUCUUCAUGCCAUUCGUGUACCUCAAGGAGCUUGAGCGUACAUAUGUCGAUAACUCGGUCCACUACUACUUUUGGCGCCAAUUUAUCGAAGGGCUGAAAAGGGAUUGGGAAAACUCGAUUACUCCAGCUACAGUGCUGCUUUCAGCAAACGUCGGUUUCUUGGCAAUCAAUAGCAUCGACACCACGAGUCCCAACAAAAGCGCUGCUCAGAUUUCGAGCUACAUCUCGUCGAUCUUUAGUUUAUUCAUCUACAUCGUUGCGCAAAUUCUGAGCAGGCACCAUCGGCAUCACAACAAUGGACAGGCGCACGAUGCUCUGCAAUACAUCCUUAAGCGUGAGGAUCGUCUAAUCGGUCUUCAGGGCGUGGCCAUUGCAUUUAGCCUUCCGACUGCUCUCUUUCUUUGGAGUAUGGUCACAUUCCUGGUGGCCUUGAUGUUCGUCUUCUUUGCAGAUAGUAGCGUCGCGACAAAGGUGGCUAUGGGGGUCAUCGUUGGCUUUAUGGCGGUCGUGGUCAUUCUACUACUCUACCUGGAAAGCGAAGGCACGAUCGCCGAGCAGUCGCCACUUCCCCGCGGUUGGGCGUUGCUUGCCAAGACGCUGCGCUCAUUCUGGGAGAGGUGGUCAAACAAAGACCUUGCCGUAGGUGGCAGUUUGCGUUUGCGAAAGCGUAAACACGUCAAAGAAGAGUCUUUGGCAAGCACGGUGACACUGUCGAGCUUACCCGGUCCGUAGCAGUGUUGUCUAAUGGCCCACACGCUGCCGACUUCCAUUGCGGACCUACAGCUAUGGGAUCGGCUCGUUCCUGUAUAUUCCUGUAUCUCUUGACACAGUAUGGAGGCCAUGCUCGUACAAACUAUCUUCGUAUCAGCACUUGUAGAUGUUAGCAUGUACUACAGCAUUUUUGUAUACCCUUCAUGUAGCUUUCAGUAAUACGGCCUCACUGAGUCGUGGCGGUUACACUCAUCUAGCGCGUUCCAUUACCUGCAGCCCAAAAUUUUCUAGUAUGGACGUGGCAGGCUGAAGCACACUUCUGUCUACGAAUUAGAGUCUCCCCCUGACUUCGAUUAGAUUACACUGACCUUGAUACACUACUUAGUGACGAC